AUGGGGGAAGCACUCACAAAAUUGGUAGAUAAAGAUCCCAACCGAUGGUCUCAACACCUACCGGACGUACAACUAGCAUACAACACAGCAGUUCAUACAAGUACAAGAGUUUCGCCGUACGAACUAGUUUUCAAGGAGCACCUGCGAUCAAAAUUCGAAAUUAUAACAGAGAAGAUAUCACCAGCAAUGGUUAGAGAGAAAACGGAACUACUGCACAAGACUGUUAGUGAGGUAUUCCAAAAAGCACACGAGUCCGAUGCCAAGUUAGCGGAAAACGCAGAGAACGGUACAACAGUAAAACUUCGUUUAAAUCGUUGGGGGUGGGUCAACAAGUUUGGAAAAGAAAUUUACGAGCAAAAACAUUUGCAGAUCGGUGGACGGGACCUUAUGUCGUGGUAAAGCCCACGUCGAUAACCAAAACAUCUUAUGUAGUGAGAAGGAAUAAUGGAACUAAAGAAGAAAUUGUCCAUUACAAUUACCUUAAACCUUAUCAGAUUCGACCUGUCAAAAAACCAAAGUCAAGGAAUCCACCACAGAAGAAUGGGGUCGGACACCCAGCACUAGGUACCAGUGAGGACAGUGAAUCUGACAGCAGAGAAGAGGAAAUGCAACCAGAGAGAAGAUAUCCAGAAAGAAUUCGAAGACCUCCAAAAAGAUACACAUAAUACUUUUAAAGGGGGGAGUGGUGUGAUAUAUGGACAUUUAUAGUUACAUUGAAAUAGAUAUUCAUAAAUAGCAAGCCUGGUUGCAGGCUAUUAGGCAUGGACCUUCGGGCUUAAUAAUUAAUUGAAGACUAAGACUAUUAUUGUACAUGUGUUCGGAGUAAUACAAUAUAUAAAUUUACAGAGGAUCUAUGUAGAGAUGUAUAUGCGCAUUUCAGUCGAACUUCUAAAAGACAAGACGUGUACAAAGAGUUCCAGGCCUUUUUUAAUGCCCAACCGCUCAAGAUUCUAUCACCCGCGCAGACACGGUGGCUUUCUUUACAAGAGUGCGCAAACCAACUACUUGAACAGUUUGAAGCGUUGACCCACUAUUUCACCUUGACAGCCAACGAAGACCCAUCACACUCAAACGAUCGCAUUUUGGCAUCAUUACAGAAUCGUUUUACCCAGGCGUAUCUGGAGUUCUUAAGCUAUCAACUUGAGCGUCUUAAUGCAUUUAAUAGAUUGUUUCAGAGCGAGCGUCCUCUCCUCCACAUGCUAAAACCAGAAAUAGAAAGCCUUAUCAAGUCAAUUGCCUGUGACUUUAUGAAAAUCAACAUCGUAAAGUCAACGUCGCCAAACAAGCUAAACCCAACUGACGUCAACCAACACGUACCAUUAAGCGAGACCUACGUUGGCCUUGGAGCGACAGCUACUAUCCACGAAAUUGCUAGCGUGGCAGGGAAAGCUGAUGUUGAUAACUUCCUAACGACCUGUAAGAACCUUCUCAUCGAGAGCAUUCUUCAAAUCCAAAGUCGAUUUGACAUAGAUGAUCCAGUUCACGAAAUCAUUCAGUGCCUUUUACCAUCCAGCUUCGUUCAUUGA